ACUUAUUUUCGGGAUUUGCGGUUGCAUGAGAUGUUUGGAAAUUAGUAAUAUUCUUCUCGAAAAUGUUGAGGACUUGGGAGAUAAGUUCCUGGUAACAAUUAAUGAUAAUAAGAACAAUUACCCUGGUCAAUUUUUAAUUGGAAUCAUGUUUUAUCGUAAAAUAAAGAAAUAUAUUUCUUUGAAACCAUCAGAUAACUUUUCUGAUAGAUUUUUUAUCAGAUACAGUCAGGGUUAAUGCUAUCGUCAGCCAAUUGGGAGACAUUCAAUAGGCAGAGUACCACAAAAGAUUGCUUCUUUUGUAAAUCUACCAAAUUCUCGAAGGUACACAGGUCAUUGUUUCUGGAGAACUGCAGCAACUCUUCUGUCGGACUCUGGUGCGAAUAUGCAGAUGGUAAAACAAUUGGGAAGAUGGCGAUCUGACUCAGUAGCAAUGGGUUAUAUUGAAAACUCUAUGCACAAUAGAGAAAUGAUUUAUAAUGGCAUUACACAAAAAUCUGGACCUCAUACUCAAACAAAGCUACCAUCUUCUCCGCAAGUAUCAUCUAGUGCGGAAGUGAUUAACAACCCUAGAACCAACUUCCGAGAUGAACAAGUAAUUGGUGUGCAGGUGAUUAACGACUUAGGAACCAAUUCUCAACGUGAACAAUCAACUAGUAAACCGGCGAUUAACAACUCUGGAACCAUCUCCCGAAAUGAGCAGUUAACUGAUGCGCAGACGAUUAACAACCCCGGAACAAAGUCUAAAGAUGAACCUUCAACUAUUGAGCAGGUGAAUCACUCUGGAACUGACAAUGGUGAUUUCACUUUAGAUUGGACCGACUUCGAAGAGGACUUUACUGUGGAUGAUGUUAAUUCAAUUCCACAAGAUCAAAGUGCACGCAGUGGUUUCACGACUGCCAGUAAUCAUACAAUACCAUUACCAGUGAUAAAUCAAAACGACAUAAAUAACAAUAACAAACAGUUAUUAACAAAGAAACCAUCAGUAAAAUUAGCUUUUAAUCAUCAAAAGACCAUCAACGCCCCACUAAAAAAAAUAGAGAACACCGAUAAACGUGUUACUCAUAAUAACAAUGACAUCACUUCCAUCAUGAAAGGAGAAGGAUUAAAAUUAAAACAUUGCACUUUAAACAAUUGCGUUUUCAAUUUAAAUUUAUGUUCGUGCAAUAAGGAAAACUAGUCAAAAAAUUAAUGUUAAGAGUAGUUUUUCAUCGAUGAUAAUAAUUUUUAAAAGUUAAUAC